AUGGAUCCCAGCAGCAGCAGCUGCAUGCGCAGCCCACAGCCUCCCACCCUGCUCUGGGGGUGUGUGAGGAGCUCCCACACCGACCUGACCACAGCUCCAGGGCUCAGCCACUAUCCAGCAGCAGCACCAUUCUCCUUCCAGCAAAAAUCAGAUUUUGCUGCUUACUCCGAUUUCUCAGCCUCCUGCCUGGUGACAGCUCCCCACAGCUUUCCACAGGAGGAGCGGGCACUUGUGGAGCAGCACCCCUCAUUCCAGCACUCUGACUGGCACCUGGCAGCAACUGAGGCCAGAAGAGGAAUAAAUCCAGGACUGGCCUUGGCUUCUGGAGAAUCAGAGAGCAGCAGCCCCAGCCUUGUGAGUGUGGCUGUGGGUGCGGAUGAAGAUGAUGAGGCACCAGCAAAUCCUACAAGUGACUGUGAGAAAAAGCCAUCCAGAAGGAAAAAGGAAAGCUCAGAGAACCAGAACUCAAGCAAUAAGGCAGAAAGCAGCAGCAAAUCACGGAAGGAAAGGACAGCUUUCACUAAGGAGCAGCUGCGGGAGCUGGAAGCUGAAUUUGCCCACCACAACUACUUGACAAGGCUCAGGAGAUACGAGAUAGCUGUGAACCUGGAUCUCACCGAAAGACAAGUCAAAGUAUGGUUUCAAAACAGAAGAAUGAAGUGGAAACGUGUUAAAGGUGGGCAAGCAGUGCCCCCACACGAACAUGACACAGAGGAUGUGGACUCUGCUGCCUCCCCCAGCUCUGAGUAGUCCCUGCAGCAAUGGGAGAGGAGUUUGGAGAAAGUCAUUGAUUGGAAUGUGGGUGCAACUGCUUAGAAUCAGCUACACAAUGAGAUCACCCUGCCUGCCCCAGUCCUGUAGCCCAUAGUCUUUAAAAGGUGCAUGAUGCUUGAGGUUACCGAGGCAAUUAAAGAGCACAGGGGGGAAAAAGCCAAGGGAGAGCAUGAUUUUGAUUUUUGUCUCUCAAACUAUCUUACUACCACAGAUGUGUCUACAGAAAAAAAAACAACAAACACCAAAUAGAAAACA